CUAUAGCUACGAUAACCAAAAUACUAGUAGGAAAAAACAUGAGCUUAGGAGUAGACGAUUCCUCUACGCCCAAGCUUUCUCUCUCUAGACUCCCAUGCAAGCCAAAACACCCGAUCCAAAUGCUAACGCCGCCGCUCCACCCAUCACUUUCCAUCCCAUUCCAAUGGGAGGAGGCGCCGGGAAAGCCGAGGUUCCCCGCCGAUGAUGACGCCGCCAGGUGCUUGGACCUGCCUCCCAGAUUAAAUGCCCAAUUUACCAUAAUGCCCUCGCCCGCCAUGACCCCGCUGUCAUGCUCCUUCUCCUUCCGGAGAGGACCGGGUUCGGCCCGGUUCGGCGGUUCCAGGAGGUGGAGGUCGUGGGGGAGCUUCAAGUUCCGGGAAGAGGCGAGGGGUGGUUUCGACCUUUCGCAAACGCUGGGAGAUUUUUUUAUGAGUGAAAAAAAUAGUGCACAUGUGCAGAAGAUGAGAGGGAUUACAAGAGUGCGGAGCUUCUUCCAUUUCUCUACCAUCAAUUCUAACUUGUUAGACAUUUAUGCACGCUUUAAGCAGGCGAUUCCAUGGCGGCGUAGAAGAUGAAAUUCCACGGAGUAUUCCGCUAUUUUAUCAAUGCAUAUCUCAUGCGUACAAUAAUAAUAUUAUGUGCGUGAUAUAUAAAAAUAUAAAUAAUCCCAAUUGGUUAUUUGGUUAUCGAUCACAUUGAA